CCGAGCUCUCCUCCGCCGGCCGGCGACGCCCUGCGCGCAGCCGGGGCGCCGGGUGUUUACCUCGCAUCCUAGCAACCGGCUGGCGCGCGGAGCGGCGGGGCACCGGGCGCGGACGGGGCGCUGCAGUGUAUGUGCUGAGCUCGGCUCGAGCAGUAUCCGCUCCCAUGGGCGUGGCGCUGACCAGGUUGGCUCAGUGGACUGCUGCUGGACGUGGGACUAGAACCUUGGAGACUACCCCGCUAAAUGAAGCCAUAUUGAAAGAAAUUAUUAUGUUUGUGGAGAGUUUUAUCUAUAAAUAUCCCCAAGAGGCACAUUAUGUUUUUGUAGAUCCGCUUCAAUGGAAAACAAAUUUGAACCCCUCAGCGUUUGAAUCAGGUUAUAGUGUCAGUGAAACAACAGUCAAAUCAGAAGAAGUUGAUAAAAAUGGAAAGCCUUUGCUCUUUCUCUCUGUUCCACAAAUUAAAGUUAGGAGCUUUGGGCAGCUCGCACGCCUGUUACUUAUUGCCAAAAAUACGAAGCUUCAGGAAGCACAAGCCUGUGUUGAAGCUAACAGAAAUCCCAUUGCAAAAAUCCUGGGCUUGGAUUAUGAUACACUGACAGAAGACUCAUCCAAAGUAAAUAUUCUUGAUAAAAUUAUCAAAGAAGAUGAUCCUGAAAUUGAUAUGAAGAUGAAGAUUGCCAUGCUGCUUAAGCAACUGGAUCUGCACCUACUCAAUCAUUCUCUAAAACAUAUUUCAUUGGAAAUACGUUUAAAUCCAGGGACCGUUAAGAACGAUAUAGAGCUGCUUAAACGUUUCUCAGGAAAAGGAGAACACACAGUCUUGGAAUAUAUCGACUAUACCUCAGAUUAUGAAUUUUCAAAUGGAUGUCGAGCCCCCCCUUGGAGACAAGUUCAUGGGGAAAUUUGUUACGUGCUGGUGAAACCGCAUGAUGUUGAAACUUUGUGUGUUACUUGUAGCUCAGAAGGAGUAUUUUUAAAUGGUGGCAAAACAGAUGAUGAGGGGGAAAUUAAUUAUGAGAGAAAAGGUGCAGUUUAUAAAGACCUUGUCACAUUUUUAAAAGAAAAAUCAGCAAAAUUUUCAGAAAACAUGUCUAAACAGGAGUUUGCAUUCAGUGAAGAACAACAAAAGGAAAAGGACCAGCCUAAUGAGGAACCUAAGAAAGAGGAAGCAAUCACCUUUCGUAAAGCUGUUACUGGUUCAGACAGGAGUACACAGGAGAAGAACCAAAUUAAUUUUGGGAAGACUCGAAUGACCAAGAGAUUAGAGCCAAGUUUAAACUGGAAGGCCACUGUUGAUUCCAAAGAGCGCAGAAGCUUAGUAAGAGACAGCCAAGAGGAAAAACAUAUAGGAAGACUUGAAAAGGCCAGACCAUCUGUUUCACCCGGAAGAGCACAGAUAGUUCGUAAGAGUGCCGAGAAGAUUGAGGAAAUCAUUAGUGAGAGCUCCUCAGAGAGUGAGGAAGAUGAAGAACCGCCUGAUCAUCGUCAGGAAGCAAAUGCAGAUUUGCCAUCAGAAUAUUGGCAAAUUCAGAAGCUGGUGAAAUAUUUAAAGGGAGGAAAUCAGACAGCUACAGUGAUUGCGUUGUGUUCAAUGAAGGAUUUCAACUUAGCACAUGAGACCUGCCAGUUGGCAAUCAGGGAUGUUGGAGGCCUUGAAGUUUUAAUCAAUUUACUUGAUACAGAUGAAGUCAAAUGUAAGAUUGGUUCAUUAAAAAUCCUGAAGGAAAUCAGUCAUAAUCCUCAAAUCAGACGUAAUAUUGUUGACCUUGGGGGUUUACCAAUUAUGGUUAAAAUACUUGAUUCUCCAUAUAAGACUCUGAAAUGUUUGGCAGCUGAGACAAUUGCGAAUGUUGCCAAGUUUAGAAGAGCCCGGCGGGCGGUGAGAAGCCACGGAGGCAUCACCAAACUGGUCGCUCUACUUGACUGUGGGCAGAAUUCAACAGAGCCUGCUCAGUCGAGUCUGUAUGAGACCAGAGACAUGGAAGUGGCUCGCUGCGGGGCGCUGGCACUGUGGAGCUGCAGUAAGAGUUAUGCAAAUAAAGAAGCCAUUCGGAAAGCCGGGGGCAUUCCUUUGUUGGCUCAGUUACUGAAGACUUCUCAUGAAAACGUGCUAAUUCCGGUGGUGGGGACGUUGCAAGAAUGUGCGUCAGAGGAAAGUUACCGAGCUUCAAUCAAAGCAGAAAGGAUAAUUGAGAAUCUGGUCAAGAACCUGAACAGUGAGAAUGAGCAGCUGCAGGAACACUGCGCCAUGGCCAUCUACCAGUGUGCUGAAGAUGAAGAAACCCGUGACCUGGUUAGGCUGCAUGGAGGACUUAAACCUCUGGCCAGUCUGCUCAAUAACACUGACAAUAAAGAACGGUUGGCUGCUGUGACGGGAGCCAUAUGGAAAUGUUCCAUCAGCAAAGAGAAUGUGACCAAGUUUCGGGAAUACAAAGCCAUUGAAACCUUGGUGGGGCUUCUGACUGAUCAGCCUGAAGAAGUACUUGUGAAUGUGGUUGGUGCGUUGGGAGAAUGCUGCCAGGAAUAUGAAAACCGAGUCAUUGUCCGGAAAUGUGGUGGUAUUCAACCACUUGUGAACCUCCUCGUUGGAAUAAACCAAGCUCUUCUUGUCAAUGUCACAAAAGCAGUUGGAGCUUGUGCACUAGAACCUGAAAGUAUGACAAUAAUUGAUCGCUUAGAUGGAGUUCGUUUGUUGUGGUCCCUCCUGAAAAAUCCUCACCCAGACGUGAAGGCCAGUGCAGCUUGGGCCCUCUGUCCGUGUAUCCAAAAUGCUAAGGAUGCUGGAGAAAUGGUUCGUUCCUUUGUUGGUGGUUUGGAACUUGUUGUCAAUUUACUGAAAUCAGAUAAUAAAGAAGUUUUGGCAAGUGUAUGUGCUGCUAUUACCAAUAUAGCAAAAGAUCAAGAAAAUUUAGCUGUUAUUACAGAUCAUGGAGUCGUCCCUUUAUUGUCUAAACUAGCAAAUACAAAUAGUGAUAAACUGAGGCGUCAUCUAGCAGAAGCUAUUUCACAUUGCUGUAUGUGGGGCAGAAACAGAGUGGCCUUCGGUGAGCACAACGCAGUGGCUCCGUUAGUGCGUUACCUGAAAUCAAAUGACACCAAUGUGCAUCGAGCAACAGCUCAAGCCUUGUACCAACUCUCAGAAGAUGCCGAUAACUGCAUCACCAUGCAUGAGAAUGGCGCAGUAAAGCUUCUACUGGAUAUGGUUGGGUCCCCUGAUCAAGAGCUCCAGGAAGCCGCAGCUGGUUGUAUAUCCAACAUCCGCAGGCUGGCUCUUGCUACAGAAAAGGCAAGAUACACUUGAAAUUGGAAAAGACAUUACAAGCUACCAAAUUUUACAUGACACGGAACGUCACUCCCGUGGCCAGGAAUCCUAAAUUGGGUGAAAUUUAUUAGCCAAUCCUUGACAAACAGACAAAUGUCUGAAUGAAAACACAUGAAUUAAAAAUGCAAAGGAUGCUGUUCAUCCAAAAGCUGCAUGGAUAUUUUAAUUCUAUUUAAUGUUUUAGGGAUAUGCCAUAUAAUGAAAUGUAAAGCCAAUAAAUCGGUGAUAAUUUUCCAGGAAUUUGAGAAUAUAUGUACACGGUAUAUGUAUAUUUCAGUGAUGCUUUUGUAUUUGUGAUGAUUUUAAUAAAAGAUAUGGC